AAUGUCCUCCAAAAAACCUAAAGAAACUAAAACUGCCCUCACAAAUGAACAAAGAAAAGCAUAAAGAAAAAAAUCCUCAAAUUAGUCAAGCUGAUCUUGUCGAUUGGGAACCUGAACAGCCCGAAGAUGAUGAGGAAAAUGGCAGUGUAGAAAUGCCUCACAUCACAUAUAAAGAAGCAUUGGAUGCUAUUAGUCGGAUAGAGCUAUAUCUUAUGCAACAGGACCUUCAUGACCUGGCGCGAACAGAACAUGACAUAGCUUUGUCAAAGUUGUAUGAGUCAGUGAGAAAAUUCUGGAAUGCUUCGUUCAAACAACUAAAUAUAGAGGCUUUCCUUGAGCCAGCUUAUAAU